CGACUGCACUCCCCCGUCUAUACUCUCUGCAACUCAUGCCUUCUGUUCCUGUUAGCUAACUCUGUUUUUCCUUCCUCUAUUUAACCUGCUCCAGCUCCUCUGUUUUUCUCACUCCCUGCAUCAAAUGGAGGAAAUGGUGAAGAGGUGCCAGGUUCCUGCAUUUGGUCACUGGAACUGGAGCUUCUAUGAUGAAGACAUCCCAAUUUCUCAGUACUUUGAGUCCCGUCUCUUUGGAGGAGAUCAUGGUGGGGAUCUGUUUAAGGUGCUGUCACCAUGCAAAGAUCAGAAAAAGCAAGAAGGGAAGAUGAUGAAGUCUGUGAAGGAGAAGAAGAUUGGGAGGAAGGAUGAUGCUGUUGAUGAAGAUCUCUACAAGAUACCUCCAGAGAUCCUUUAUCAAAUGCCAAAGAAGAAAAAGAGAUGGAAUUUUUGCUCAGUUCUCCUCUGCCUCAGUUGCAUUGCAUGACUGGGAUCAGAGAUUAAGGAAAUGGCUUCCUGAUCAGAGUUCUGGAGUUUAUGUUUUUUGUUUUCUACUGUUAUUUCUCCAUGCCAACUGAAUUCCAAGAAAUGUAUAACUUAAACUCUGAAGAAAAGGCUAUGAACUAUCUUGAAUUGGAGAAUUUUAGUUCAAGAGAGGUUGGCAUGAAAAAAGUGGCAGAAGAAAC